AUGGCAGGCAGAGAAAUUCUCCAUAAGAUGAAGGCCGGGCUCUGUGGAUCCACACCUGAAACGGGAAGAGGCAAAAGCAAGAUGUGGAAGAACAUCACACACGGUUUCCACUUUGUCAAAGGCAAAUCAUGCCAUCCCAUGGAGGACUAUGUAGUAUCCGAAUUCAAGAAAGUCGAAGGACAUGAAUUAGGCUUGUUUGCAAUCUUUGAUGGUCACUUGGGUCAUGAUGUGGCCAAAUACUUGCAGACUAAUCUCUUUGACAACAUUCUUAAAGAGAAGGAGUUUUGGAGUGAUACGGAGAGUGCUAUAAGGAAUGCGUACAGAUCAACAGAUGCAGUGAUAUUGCAGCAAUACCUCAAGCUUGGUAAAGGCGGAUCAACGGCUGUGACUGGGAUACUAAUCGAUGGUCAGAAGCUAGUGGUUGCUAAUGUUGGUGACUCAAGAGCAGUGAUGUGUAAGAACGGCGUUGCGCAUCAGCUCUCUGUUGAUCAUGAGCCAAGCAAGGAGAGAAAAGAGAUUGAGAGCAGAGGUGGCUUCGUAUCAAACAUUCCAGGGGAUGUUCCACGAGUGGAUGGACAGUUGGCGGUUGCGAGAGCGUUUGGAGAUAAGAGCUUAAAGAUACAUUUGAGCUCAGAGCCAGACAUUACACACCAGGCUAUUGAUGAUCAGACUGAGUUCAUUGUUUUCGCCAGCGAUGGUAUUUGGAAGGUAAUGUCGAACCAAGAAGCGGUUGAUGCGAUAAAGAGCAUCAAAGAUCCACAGGCAGCGGCAAAGCAUUUGAUAGAGGAAGCUAUUUCUAGGAAGAGCAAAGAUGACAUCUCAUGUAUCGUUGUAAAGUUCCACUAA